UCUGCAUGUGUUUGAGUGGUAUAUGUCAGAAGCUGUCGUAAAUAGCAGUCGUCAACAUUCUUCUUUUCUCUCUCUUACUUUCCUCUUUUCUCUCUCUCUUUUAGGGAUUCGCUCGCAACCAUAAAAUCCUCAAUCACCCAAAAAUGGCCUAAUUUCUCCGGCGAAAUUGCUGCCGCCGACACUUCAUUUCUCACCGCCGGUACUGAAUUUCUACCAUGGAAGAUACACAAUCAGUUACGACACUGAUGGACUCCACAACCUCGAAGAUACAGCAGCUACAGAAAGCAUUUGCUGAGUUGGAAAGUCAUCGUGCUGUUACGCUAAACCUGAAAUGGAAGCAGCUUGAAGAGCAUUUUCAUGGGCUUGAGAAGUCCUUGAAGAGGCGUUUCACUGAACUGGAAGAUCAAGAGAAAGAGUUUGAAACAAAAAUAGUUCAAUCUAGAAAGAUUUUGGAGAAGCGUCAAGCAGCUGUUAUCUCUAAGGAGCAAGCUUCACUUGAGAGUCUCCAAGAGAAAAGAGAUGCAGCAGUUUCUGCCAUUACUAUUGCUCUUGAGAAGCAUAGGAAGCCGUAUUCUGUGGAACCUUCUUGUGAGGUGCAAGGUGGGCCGUCUAUGUUUGAAGCAAAGCCCCUUGAUUUCAUACCACUUGAGAAUAAUAAUACAGAGGAUCAUAUCAAGCCUUUUAAGAAUGAUGUUGGGGAAGUCAAGUUUUAUCCAGAGUUAGUGAAGUUAUGCCAAGACAUGGACUCAGAAGGCCUUCACAAAUUUAUAUCAGACAAUCGCAAGAACUUGGCUGCAGUAAGAGAAGAAAUUCCACCUGCUUUAAGAGCUGCUGUUGAUCCUGCCUUUUUGGUUCUGGACUCACUCAAGGGUUUCUACCCGUCUGAAGUGUCAAUUUCAGAUGCUAAAAAAGAUGCAAAUCUUUUAGGUCUUCGCCGAACUUGUAUUAUGCUGAUGGAAUGCCUUAGCAUUUUAUUAACGACCCUGGAAGUGGAUUCUAGUUCAUGUUUAAUAUCAGGAAGUGUAAAGGAACGUGCAAAAGCAAUUGCUAAGGAGUGGAAACCAAAGCUAGAUGAGCUUGACGCUGAUGCAAAUAAUGGGAAUUCCUUGGAGGCUCAUGCAUUCUUACAACUUCUAGCUACCUUCGGUAUUAACUCCAACUUUAACCAGGAAGACCUGUACAAGCUGAUACCGAUGGUUUCUCGUCGUCGCCAAACAGCUGAUCUCUGUCGUUCCCUUGGACUGUCUGAGAGAAUGCCAGGUGUUAUUAACGUGUUGGUUAGUAAUGGAAGACAUAUAGAUGCUGUUAAUCUAGCUUUUGCUUUCGAGCUGACCGACCAGUUUUCACCUGUUUCACUACUAAAAUCCUACUUGAAUGAAGCAAGCAAAGUAUCUUCACCUGUCAAAUCUGGAAAUGCAUCACCUACUCCACAGAAUGAUGUCAAUGAGAAACAGCUGACUGCGCUGAAGGCUGUGAUUAAAUGCAUUGAAGAACAUAAGCUUGACGCGCAGUACCCCGUGGAUCCUCUCCAAAAAAGGGUUCUCCAGCUGGAGAAAGAAAAAGCCGACAAGAAAAGGGCAACUGAAGUUGCCAAACCUCAACCCAAGAGACCUCGUGCCAAUUGUGUAGGAAAUGGAGCAGCUCGAGUCGCUAACGUUGCCACUGACAAGAACUUCUAUGGUAGUAGAAUGACCGAUAGGUAUCCUCACUACAUGUAUGACCGACCAUAUGCUUACCCCAUACCAACCGACACCCACGUCCCAUCAUUCCUUGGUACCCCCUACAGCCUUCCUCCUGGGCAUGGCAACUUCUUUGGAAAUGGCUACCAUUACCAGGCUACUUACCUGCACUGAUCAGUUAACUUUGCUAAAUAUCCGUUUAGCUGUUAGUGUUAACCCUUUGCUUAACUAGUACUGAAGUAGCCUUGUUAACUUUUAUUCUGAUGUAACAGCUGAUACUGUAAUCUUUUAAUAUAUGCAGUAUGCACUGUCGUUUAUGUUAUUAUA